ACGCAUCACGGCAUUAGUGUCUGCUUCCGACAACACAUAAAUUUCGGCAUCUCCAUAAAUUACAGACACGCCAAUCGGCUGCCAACCAGCAACCGGAACAAAGUCACCAUGUUGGAGCACAGCCACCUCACUUUCCGUCUGGGCUUAGCCCUUCUGGCCGCCACCAUCGGGACGUGGUUCCCGCACGGUCUCAGCAUGUCGGCCCUGAACGUUCCGCAGUUUAUUGUCCAAAAUUGGAUCCGCUCCGUGAAAUGUCAGCGUUUCGGCGGCACCUUCCGCGGCAACUACACCGUUGGCAAUAUCACCAACACCACCAACGGCCCCGCCCUGGCGUUGUGGUGCAACGCUAUCCCGGCGGAGGAGAAAGCGCGGGUGCUGAGCGAGAACACGGAACUGAACACCCUGUGGGCGCUGUUCUCCUCCUUGCUGUGCGUCGGCGCAUUGAUCGGGACGCUGCUAACCAAUACACUGAUCCGGUGGGUCGGGGUCAAACGCUCGCUGAUGUGCGGAGCAGGGGUGCUGGCUGCCGGGUGUAUCAUGUGCUCCUUCGCGCCGCUAGCAGCGGCAUGGGGUACAAUACGUGCGCUUCUGCUGCAUCAUAACCGCGCAUUUCAGAUAGCAUACCGAUAUUUUCACUAUAAUAUGUGUUGAAAGUGUGAACUCCAAUAAAUUAUUUUAAAGCGUAA